GAUCUCUCCUUUUGUCACUUUUUUCAUCUUCUCAUCCUCUCAUCUCACCUAUAUAUAUAUAUAUAUAUAUUACACACGAACUCUCCAAAACUCAACAAACUCAAACUACUAUUUUCCUAAUCUAUUAUUCUCAGCGAUCUAUUUUUGGCUCAUUUUAUCAUCUUUAAACCAAUGGCUUCCACGCUCUCAUUCGCAUCGUCUCUACGUUCACCUCUCCUUCUAUCUCCAUCAUACUCAUCCAAAUCCACUUCACCGUUCUCCGUUGCGUUUCCUCGGAUGAUCCCUGGUCGGAUCAGAGCUCAAGACCAAAGAGAAAACUCCAUUGAUGUCGUUCACCAAGGACAGAAAGGUAACCAAGGAUCUAGUGUGGAGAAAAGACCUCAACGCUUAACGAUGGACGUCUCUCCUUUCGGAUUAUUGGAUCCUCUGUCACCAAUGAGAACAAUGCGUCAAAUGCUGGACACAAUGGACAGAAUGUUCGAUGACGCUGCUAUGAUUGUCCCGGGAAGAAACAGAGGAGGAAGUGGAGCUCCAGAGAUUCGUGCGCCAUGGGACAUCAAAGAGGAAGAACACGAGAUCAAGAUGCGUUUCGACAUGCCUGGUCUCUCCAAAGAAGACGUCAGAGUCUCUGUCGAAGAUAACGUCCUUGUCAUUAAAGGAGAACAGAAGAAGGAAGAUGACAAUGAUUCUUGGUCUGGAAAAAGCUUUAGCUCUUAUGGCACGCGACUUCAGCUACCAGACAACUGCGAGAAAGACAAGAUCAAAGCUGAGCUCAAGAACGGAGUUCUGUUCGUCAAUAUUCCUAAAACCAAAGUCGAACGCAAAGUCAUCGAUGUCCAGAUUCAGUAGGAUUCCAUUAGCAUUUUCCUCUGUUUAAUACUUUUCUCGAGUUGUUUGUUCUACUACAUAAGCCUCUGUUUCUUUAUGUAAUUUAGAACUUAUAAUAUAAGUAUAAGAAUAACGUGUAUAUUAAUAUGAAUUAAAAUAUUCGGUUCUGUCGGUAUGCUCUGAAUAAUUGGAUUCUCUUUCAUAUGUAUGUAUAUAAAAAGGUUUUAUAUACAUGGAUGUUCUAUCUACACAUGUAAUAUGACCGCUCCUAGUCUUUAAAUUAGAACUUUUGUCUUUAAAUUAUU